AUGGCCCUGCCUCACACCGUAGUGCGCCAAAAUGCUCUAGAGAUUGAUCAAGACGGCGCCGGGUUUAGAAUGCCGCAGAAACUCGAGCGCGACCAGGCAGCUGCCUUUGACAUUGAUCUCAAAGCAUUUGAAUCACUUGUCGAUGUCGAUAUCCAGAACGGGUUUGUUGACGUUUUGAUGGCCAGCGUUGUUGACCAAGAUGUCUAUUUUGCCAACGACUGCUUCAAUUGUAUUAAAGGCUUCUCGGACCGCGGUAGUAUCUGUUAUGCCUCGAACAAAUGGGUGUAUUUUUCACGCUCCCACCUCCUCAAGCUCGGCCUUCAGUCUGAGCAGUCCUGUCUGAUUGAGGUCAAUUACGACCAAGUCUUUCGUGCCCGCCUGAACAAAUGCCCGACAUAUGGCCGAUCCAAUCCCACUAGCCGGCCCUGUGAUUAG